AUGGCUCAGUUCCUGCGAGGAAAGCAAGCUGGUAUACAGAAGGACCUGUCCGAGGGCUUGUCCCCGGACUUGUUCCUCCUGGACGAUUUCGCACGAUGCGGUGUGAAUUCGCAGAUUAGUACUAUCGCAUACGAUCCCAUACAAUCCCUCAUCGCGGUCGGUACCGGUGAUACCCAGUUCGGCAGCGGGCAGAUCUAUGUCUUUGGGCAACGCCGGGUUUCGGUGGUCUUUGAGUUCCCGCGAAAAGCGUCCGCGCGGUUCCUUCAGUUUUGCGCCGACAAAUUGGUCAGCAUCGACUCCAAGAAUGAAAUCUGCAUAUUCUCCUUGGUGACUGGACGCAUGGUGGUUUCCUAUACGCCACCGGGCCAGGUAACUGCCUUGCUAACGGACCCGUGCUUGGAUUAUGCCUUUAUCGGCAUGCAGAAUGGGAAAAGAAAAGAACUGAAGAUUGACCUGUGGAUAGGUGAAAUUAUUGCUUACGAUCUCGACCGAGAGUCCUUGACGCCGUUCAAAGUCCCGAAUUUGUGGUUGGAACGAAAUCCCCGCGCGCGGUUCUUUCCCGUCGUAUCUCUGGAGUUCUCACCGCGAGACAUUGGCAAGAUCCUAGUGGGAUAUCCAGAGGGAGCAGUGACAUUUUCAUUCAAGCAAAAUAUUGCUCAAAAGUACUUUGUCUAUGAAAUCCCUCCUGGGGCACCAGGUGGAGACUCCCUACCGGCCCACGACGUGCGCAGACCCAAAUUGACAAAAGCGAUCUGGCAUCCCAACGGGAUCUUUAUUUUGACCGUUCAUGAUGAUUCAAGUCUAGUGCUCUGGGAUACAAAGGAUGGCCGUAGGCUUCAUGCCCGGACUGUCCAGGUACCCAAUGUCGACCAACCCGGUGCUGCUGGCAGACCGGGCUCACCUGGGGAGGGUGUUGGACCCAAGGAGCCGAUCACAAAGGCUAUUUGGUGCACCAAAGAUAACCCGGAAGACACUGGUCUUUUGGUGGCUGGUGGUCGACCAGUAGGUGAUCAGAGCAAGGGCCUCGUUUUCCUGGACAUGGGGACAACCCCCAACUAUCAGACAUCCUCCUGGCAGAUACUGUCUACUUACCUCGAGCGGCCACGGCGACAAAUAAACCUAUCAAUCCCACCGGGAGCUAAGGUUGUUGACUUUUGCCUCAUCCCCCGAUCCUCGCCCUAUUUCAAUGGCGCCCAUGAUCCAAUCGCACUUAUCGCUAUGCUAUCCUCGGGUGAAAUUAUUUCCUUGAGCUUCCCCAGCGGACACGCAAUUACUCCCACUAACAUGCUUCAUCCGUUCCUCACCUUCGUCCAUCCCUUUGUAAACAAAGCUGUGCUUACUCCAGUUGAUCGAUCAGUGUGGCUUGGUCUGAGAGAGCGCCGGAUGCAGGGACCCAGAUUUGUGAUGGGCGGCGUAGAAGCAAAGAACACUUUCAAGCGAUUUGAGAGCCGGAAUAUCAUUUCGACCGCACACGCAGAUGGAACCGUCCGUGUCUGGGACUGUGGGCACGGUGAUGAAAUUGAGAACAGCGACGUCGUUCAAAUUGAUCUUGCCCGUGCCAUAGGCCGAGUCAACAAUAUCGAAGUGACCGAAAUUUCUCUCGCCAGCGGCUCAGGCGAGAUGUCUAUUGGACUCAAGACCGGAGAGCUUGCUGUCUUCCGAUGGGGCAAUAACCCCUCAUACGGGACUGAGGAGUCCCCCGGCGUCAAUCAACCGCCAGGGCAGCUGACCUCGAUAACUAAGCGAACAGAUCCUGGGCUCAAGACGGGAAUGAUACCUCUGACUCUUUUGGAUAUGCAACAAGGUCCAGUGACGGCGUUGAAGCAUGGGCAGGUGGGAUUUGUAGCGGUCGGUUACAAAAGCGGUACUUUGGUGAUUAUUGACCUGCGCGGGCCCGCCAUCAUACACACUGCACAUAUGUCAGACCUCCUCAAGGGACAGAAGCGGAGCGGGUUCCUCAAGAACCGUGCCUCGGACGAAGUCCAACCAGAAUGGCCCACUAAGAUUGAAUUUGGUGUGAUGACUUUGGACGGCGAAGACUACUCAAGCAUUUGCUGCUUUGUCGGCACGAACAAGGGCAAAGUCGCAACAUUCAAGAUCCUCCCUGGUUCCAACGGCACCUACGAAGCUGCUUUUGCUGGAUCAUCGGCCGUUGAAGACAGGGUAAUCAGUGUCAUCCCCAUCGAUGCUGAUUCUGGUGGCUCUGCUUUGGCCACACCAAGUGCAGUUGGAGGCUUGAGAACUGGUGCGAAAAUUAAUGGUGUCGUCAUUGCGGUGACUGCCUCUGGCUGUCGAAUCUUCAAGCCCCCAACAUCAAAGGGUGCUCACAAGGCAUGGGAUGACUGUCUUUGCGAUUCAGCAGCUGUCGUCAAGACUGAAGGACGGGGCUACAGCUUGGUUGGUCUCUUUGGUGACGGUAACGCGCGAGCAUUCUCGAUCCCCGCUCUUCGGGAUAUUGGUUGCACCAAGAUUGGCCAUAUUGCGGACAUUCGACGUCUCUCGGAAGCUUGCAUCACCCCUACUGGAAACGUCAUGACAUGGGUCGGCCCAUCAGAAGUUGGACUGUUCAAUGUCUGGGGAGGCGGAAACGUACUACAUCCUUCAAACGACAAGCUUUACAACCCAGCAGCUGUGGUUCCCUCGCGUCCUACCAUCACGAACGUGCAAUGGAUCUCCGGUACACAAUAUAUCUCGCCGGCUGAUAUGGACAUUUUAAUUGGCGGCCCAGACCGGCCACCAUCAAAGGAGAUGGUCGAACAAAUGAAAUUCGAAGAACAAGAACGUCGGAGAGCUCUAAAAGAAGGACGGAUUCCAACGGCACCUGUACAGGGCCAGGAAGGCUACUGGUCUUACAUGUCACGUCAAGUCCAAGAACGCACAGAGCGUCUCGGGAUUGUCGGAGAUAGCAUGGACAGGCUAGAGGAAAACAGCAGCGGCUUUGUUAACGAUGUUGGCAAAUACGUACAGUCACAAAAGAAGAAGGCUAUAUUGGGCGGGUUUGACGCUUAA